GUUCCUUCCACGUGCGCUUGUCGUUGAUUGUGCAUUGCGCCUUUUUUCUUCGCUCGUCCAGCUCACCCAGCUCACCCAGAUUGCCCUUUGCACAACAACCAACCAACCAACCAACCAACCAUGUCCAACGUUCGCGAGAACCUUCUGCUCGGUAUGGGCAACCCUCUCCUCGACAUCUCCGCCCACGUCAAAGACGACAUGCUUGAGAAGUUCCACCUCGAGCGCAACCUCGCCAUCCUCGCCGAGGAGAAGCACCUGCCCCUGUACAAGGAGCUCGUGGACAACUACGACGUCGAGUACAUUGCCGGCGGUGCCACUCAGAACUCCAUCCGCGUGUGCCAGUGGAUGGUCCACGUGCCCAAGACCGCGUCGUUCAUCGGCUGCGUCGGCAAGGACAAGUACUCUGAGGCGCUGAAGGAGGCUGCCGAGGGCGCCAAGGUCAACGUGGCAUACAUGGAGGAUGAGUCCACCCCUACUGGCACGUGCGCUGUGCUUGUGACGGGCAAGGAGCGCACGCUUGUUGCCAACAUCUCUGCUGCCAACAACUACAAGCUGGAUCAUCUCGAGAAGCCCGAGAUCUGGGGCCUCGUUGAGUCUGCCAAGUACUACUACAUCUCCAGCUUCUUCAUCACCGUCUCUCCUCCCUCCAUCAUGAAGGUUGCCAAGCAUGCCGCAGAGACCAACAAGGUGUUUGCCAUGAACAUUGCUGCGCCCUUCAUCUGCCAGUUCUUCAAGGAGCCCCUCAUGGAGGCCUCCCAGUACUGGGAUGUGAUCUUUGGCAACGAGUCUGAGGCAGAGGCGUUCUCCAAGGCCGCAGACUUUGGCACCACCGACCUCAAGGAGAUUGCCACACGCAUGAUGGACCUCCCCAAGGUGAACAAGGAGCGCCCACGCAUUGUGGUGAUCACGCACGGCGCCAACCCCACGAUUGUGGCCACGGAGGGCAAGGUGACGGAGUACCCCGUGCACGAGAUUGAUGCCGAGCACAUUGUGGACACCAACGGCGCCGGCGACGCUUUUGUUGGCGGCUUCCUGAGCCAGCUCAUCCAGGGCAAGGACGUCGACGCGUGCGUGCAUGCGGGCCACUGGGCAGCCUGCCUCAUCAUCAAGCGCUCCGGCUGCACCUACCCGGAGACGUGCGAGUACAACCCCGAGGCCUAAACAACCAACGCACCACCGCACGCGCAUGCCCAGCCCUGCGAGUCUUUCUUUCGGCUUGUUUCGGUGCCAGGGUUCCUUUUGUUUGUGGUGAUGGUGGUGAUCCCUCCCUUGUUUGUGUGCGCUUGUUUGGCUUGAUUGAGACGAUGACGAUGUGCUUGCUUGGCUUGGUUUUGCUUGAAUUGGUUUUGCUUGAAUUGAGAGGUUAUGUUUGAUGUGACAAUGAAAUGCACAUGUGGGAA